AAGGGAAGUUCCCCAUCCUCGGAGAGCCGCGGCUCGCGACAGCAAUGGUGACGGAGCACCCCGCGGCCGCGCGCGCCGGCCUUUCACUGGCACCGUAAGAUCGCCCCACCUCGUGCUUCAAAAUCUUUAAUCGUUUCCUCGUUUAUUUGCCCCUUCGCCGUCCCCAACCAUCGCGCGCCGCCGCGACCGGAGCUCUCCGCCGCGCUAUAUAUACUCGUCGCGCCGCGGCAUCAGCGCAGCCAGCCAGCCACGUACCGGCAGUGAGUUAGGGAGCAGGACUGCCAGACGCUGAGAAGCAGGCGGGCAUGGCGGAGGGGGAGUUGAAGCCGGCGGCGAUGGCGAUGGAGGUGGAGGGCGCGGAGGCGGCGGCGCCCAAGCCGCGGUUCCGGAUGCCGGUGGACUCGGACAACAAGGCCACCGAGUUCUGGCUCUUCUCCUUUGCGAGGCCGCACAUGAGCGCCUUCCACCUCUCGUGGUUCUCCUUCUUCUGCUGCUUCCUCUCCACCUUCGCGGCGCCGCCGCUGCUGCCGCUCAUCCGCGACACGCUCGGGCUCACGGCCACGGACAUCGGCAACGCCGGGAUCGCGUCCGUGUCCGGCGCCGUCUUCGCGCGUGUCGCCAUGGGCACGGCGUGCGACCUGGUGGGGCCCCGCCUCGCGUCGGCGUCCAUCAUCCUCCUCACUACGCCCGCCGUCUACUGCUCCGCCAUCAUCGACUCGGCGUCGUCCUACCUCCUCGUGCGCUUCUUCACGGGCUUCUCGCUGGCGUCGUUCGUGUCCACGCAGUUCUGGAUGAGCUCCAUGUUCUCGCCGCCCAAGGUGGGGUGGGCCAACGGCGUCGCCGGCGGGUGGGGCAACCUCGGCGGCGGCGCCGUGCAGCUGCUCAUGCCGCUGGUGUUCGAGGCCAUCCGCAAGGUCGGGAGCACGCCGUUCACGGCGUGGCGCGUGGCCUUCUUCCUCCCGGGCCUGAUGCAGACGUGCUCCGCCAUCGCGGUGCUGGCGUUCGGGCAGGACAUGCCCGACGGCAACUACCGGAAGCUGCACAAGUCCGGCGGCAUGCACAAGGACAGCUUCGGCAACGUGCUCCGCCACGCCGCGACCAACUACCGCGGCUGGAUCCUGGCGCUCACCUACGGCUACUGCUUCGGCGUGGAGCUCGCCGUGGACAACAUCAUCGCGCAGUACUUCUUCGACCGGUUCGGCGUGAAGCUCAGCACCGCCGGGUUCAUCGCCGCCAGCUUCGGGAUGGCCAACAUCGUCUCCCGCCCCGGCGGCGGGCUCCUCUCCGACUGGCUGUCGAGCCGGUUCGGGAUGCGCGGCAGGCUGUGGGGGCUGUGGGUGGUGCAGACGGUCGGGGGCGUCCUGUGCGUGGUGCUGGGCGUGGUGGACUACUCCUUCGGCGCGUCCGUGGCCGUCAUGAUCCUCUUCUCCUUCUUCGUGCAGGCGGCCUGCGGGCUCACCUUCGGCAUCGUGCCCUUCGUGUCGCGGCGGUCGCUGGGGCUGAUCUCCGGCAUGACCGGCGGCGGCGGCAACGUCGGCGCCGUGCUGACGCAGCUCAUCUUCUUCCACGGGUCCAAGUACAGGACGGAGACGGGGAUCAUGUACAUGGGGCUCAUGAUCAUCGCGUGCACGCUGCCCGUCACGCUCAUCUACUUCCCGCAGUGGGGCGGCAUGUUCGUGGGACCGCGCCCGGGGGCAACGGCGGAGGACUACUACAACCGGGAGUGGACGGCGGAGGAGCGCGACAAGGGGUACAACACCGGCAGCGUGCGCUUCGCGGAGAAUAGCGUGCGCGAGGGGGGGAGGUCGGGCAGCCAGUCCAAGCACACUGUCCCCGUCGAGUGAUGCCUUUGGUGCUGCUGCUCGUAUCGUAUCGUAUAGUCAGGGGCAGGGCAGGUCCCUCGCGAUCUCCAACGAUGGUUACUGUCCGUGACUCGUGGUGGCACACUGCCGGUCACCCUUGAAAUUGGUUGUGUGCUGUUUCACUGUGUAUUUGUGCAGCCGUGUGGUAGGUAAUUUCUGCUUGAUGAUUGAUGAAGAAAAAGCUGGCCUGGUGACGAGUUUCGGCAAAGAGAGAUGCAUUAUGAGUGGUACUACAAGGGAUUUGUUUAUUUGUGACAAAACAAGAUGCUUGCAAGAGUAUAAAUAGAUUAAAGGUUGUUUUCUCCAUACAUAUAUACCCCCAAUCCUCCUAUGUAUGAUGCUUGCUAAAGAAGUCCGGUGUUACUGUUUAUUGUGUUCAUUUCUGUUUAAAGUAAAAGUUUGUGACGCUUUCGGCAAAGAGCGUAAUACUAGAUGGAAUUGUUUAUUUGA